UUGUGGAGGCGUGUGUUUAUUGUUUGCGUUCGGUGUCUCUUUUUCUUUUUUAACACGCUUUUCUUCGGCGCGCGCGUGUACGCGGAAGGGGCGCGUCCCGGCUGGGCUCGGCGGCUCUCGGAGCCCGUUUUUAUCUCUCUCCUCCGCCCCGUGCGUGUCCGCUGAGGGAUUUCUUCGCGUCCCGCGCCCAGGGGGCCGUCCCCUUCCCUCUCGCUCUCGGCCGGGGGCUCGCGGCGCUUCCCUCUGGAUGCGUCCCCGCAGCCCCAGGCGGGAGGCGGCCGGGGGGAAGCGCUGCCUCCAAGGAUUUACCGCCGCCCGGCACCCAGCUCCGCACUUUCUCCUUCCCCGCGGGCGCUCCGUUGCCGCCCCGGAGCGCUACCACCGUUAUGGACGAGAGAUAUCUGCCCGAGCUGAUGGCGGAGAAGGACUCCCUGGACCCGUCCUUCACGCACACCCUGCGGCUGGUCAACCAAGAAAUUGAAAAAUACCAGAAAGGAGAAGGAAAGGAGGAAGAAAAAUAUAUUGAUGUGGUCAUCAAUAAAAAUAUGAAGUUGGGGCAAAAAGUUUUGAUUCCAGUAAAGCAAUUUCCUAAGUUUAACUUUGUGGGAAAGCUUUUGGGUCCACGUGGCAACUCUUUAAAACGCUUGCAGGAAGAAACACUGACAAAAAUGUCUAUUUUGGGAAAAGGUUCAAUGAGGGAUAAGACGAAGGAGGAAGAAUUAAGAAAAAGUGGAGAGGCAAAAUACUUCCACCUAAAUGAUGACCUUCAUGUUUUAAUUGAAGUGUUUGCUCCACCAGCAGAAGCAUAUGCCAGAAUGGGGCAUGCAUUAGAAGAAAUCAAGAAGUUUCUCAUCCCUGACUACAAUGAUGAGAUCAGACAGGCGCAGCUUCAAGAGUUAACGUAUUUGAAUGGUGGUUCAGAGAAUGCAGAGGUUCCAGUAGUUCGUGGAAAGCCAUCUAUUCGAGCAAGGGGAGUACCAGUUCCUGCUUUGACCAGCAGGCUGUGUCUGGGAACAUCACUGCUCACCCCUGCCCCCACUUCAGUGAAGUCAAAUAAGCAGCUGGUACCCUGUCCUGAGGAGGCAUUCUACAGAUUAGCCAAAAACAAGGGCCGUGGAGGAGUGCCUCCACCACCUGCAGGAGUACCGAGAGGGGCACCAGCGCCCAGAGGAGUGCCUCCCAGUAGAGGGCCAGUCAGUCGUAGCCGUGGACUUCUGGCACCCCGAGCGAGAGGAGUGCCUCCACCUGCAGGCUACCGGCCUCUUCCACCACCUCCGGCACAGGAGACAUAUGGUGAAUAUGAAUACGAUGAUGGCUAUGGAACUGCUUACGAUGAGCAAAGCUAUGAUUCGUAUGACAACAGCUACAGUACUCAAGCACAAAGUGGAGCUGAUUACUAUGACUACGGCCAUGGGCUGAGUGAAGAAACAUAUGAAUCAUAUGGACAAGAAGAAUGGACCAACUCGAGACACAAGGCACCUUCGGCAAGGACGACAAAAGGAGUCUACAGAGACCAGCCAUAUGCCAGAUACUGAUUGUACUGUCUGAUGUUGUGAAAUAUCCAAUCUCCACCAGUCCUGUAUACUGUUCAAAGUAAUUUUUUCUAUGAACAAUCCCUUUUUAUUAAAUCAAAGCGCUUAAAAAUCUGAAUGGAUGGACUGAGCUUAAAAUAUUUUGUUGAAAGAACAACCUGGACAGAAAGAUAUGUAAAACAAGGAACUUUGUUAUUUCCAAACUGUAUUUGAAAAAUAGGUGAUCAAAAAAAUAACCUUUGAUUAACUAGUGUUAAACUAGGUUUACUAAAUAUGUUAGUCUGUUCUUUUAACAUAAGCGUAACCUUUUAUUUUAAAGGUUUUCAACAACUUAGUUUUUAGUUUUUAUUUUCGGCCAUUUGCUAGUUUUUUUCUCUUUGCAAACAUGCGUAAAAAGGGAAGCAAAUUACAAAUGCAAAUAAUGUGGUAUUUUGUAACUCAAGUCUUGAAAUGUUCUGUAGUGUUAAGCAAAGUUUUACCCUUG